AUGAUGCCAGCCACUACCACCACCACCGCCACACCAGACUCGUUCCAGCUCCUCAGCGAGGCCGACAAGACUGGCUCCGCCGAGGACGCCCUGUUCGACGCCCAGGUCGCCGAGAUCGAGGCGUGGUGGAAGACUCCCGGAACCCAACAACAGCUCUACCCUAGCUCUGUCAUGGCCAAGAAGCUCUUUGACCUGGUCAAGGAGCGGGGCGCCAACGGCGAGCCCAUCCAUACCAUGGGCGCCAUCGACCCCGUUCAAAUGACGCAGCAAGCUCCCCACCAAGAAGUCCUCUACAUCUCCGGCUGGGCCUGCUCGUCCCUCCUCACCACGACCAACGAGGUGUCUCCCGAUUUCGGCGACUACCCCUAUAACACCGUCCCCAACCAAGUGCAGCGGCUCGCCAAGGCCCAGUCGAUGCACGACCGCAAGCAACCCCUACGUCGACUACCUCCGCCCCAUCAUCGCCGACGGCGACACCGGCCACGGCGGCCUCACCGCCGUCCUCAAGCUCGCCAAGCUCUUCGCCGAGAACGGCGCGGCGGCCGUCCACUUCGAGGACCAGCUCCACGGCGGCAAAAAUGCGGCCACCUCGCGGGCAAAGUCCUCGUCCCCAUCGGCGAGCACAUCAACCGCCUCGUCGCCGCCCGCUUCCAGUGGGACGUCAUGGGCUGCGAAAACCUCGUGAUUGCCCGCACCGACUCGGAGAGCGGCAAGCUCAUCAGCAGCACCAUUGAUGUCCGCGACCACGAGUUCGUGCUCGGCGUCGCCGAUCCCUCCGUCCAGCCCCUCGCUGAGACCCUGCAGUCCAUGGAGGCCCACGGCGCCACCUCGGCCGAGAUCGACGCCUACGAGGCCCACUGGGUCAAGAGCACGCCCCUCGUCACCUUUGACGAGGCCGCCGUCCAGCACAUGGAGGCGGAGGGCGUCUCCCAGGCCCGGAUCGACGAGUACCGCGCCGCUGUUCGCGCCAACCGCGACAUGGGCCUGGCCGCCCGUCGCCAGCUCGCCGGCAAGUUCACCGCCUCGCCCGUCUACUUCUCGUGGGACGUGCCCCGCACCAGCGAGGGCUACUACCACUACCGCGCCGGCAUGGCUGCCGCGACCAAGCGCGCCAUCGCCUUUGGUCCGUACGCCGACCUUCUCUGGGUCGAGACGGGCGACCCCAACGUCGAGGUCGCCGCCGGCCUCGCGCGCGAGGUCCGCGCCGUGCACGCCGGCAAGGGCCUCGUCUACAACCUCAGCCCCUCGUUCAACUGGAUGGCCCACGGCUUCACCGACGCCAAGCUCAAGUCCUUCAUCUGGGACAUUGCCCGCGAGGGUUUCGUCCUCCAGCUCAUCUCCCUCGCCGGCCUCCACUCCACCGCCACCAUCUCCAACGAGCUCGCCAAGGAGUUCAAGCAGGACGGCAUGCUCGCCUACGUCAAUAUUGUCCAGCGCAAGGAGAAGGAGCUCGGCUGCGACGUGCUCACGCACCAAAAGUGGAGCGGGGCCAAGUACAUGGACGGCAUCAUGGGUGCCAUCAAGUCGGGUAACUCGACGAGCAAGAGCAUGGGCGAUGGCAACACCGAGGGCCAGUUCCACUAG